GUGCGAGCAGUGAUGGGCGCGGUGGGAGUGGCAGCAGUGAAGCAAGCAUGGAGUAACCCGUCCCUCUGUUUGCCAGACAUUAUUCAUGGCUACACCAAGCCACUGGCAUGUCGCAACUGGGACAGGGCGCUGAUAGAGUUCACAGUGGCAGCCACGCUCAACCCCAACACUGCCGCCAAACUGCACACACUCACCCUCCCGA